AUGGAUUUUCGUCUUAAUACCUUAUUUAAAACGCGAGAUGCCCCUUUAAUAAUUCAAGCAGAAAGUCCUUACCAAACUACAAACAAGAAAAAGAAAAUAAAUUCAACGUGAAAAAAGAAAAAACCCCAUUUCGAAAAACAGCUCCAUUCGAUCUUCUGUGCUUCGUGAAAGGUCUAAAAAGUUGUUAUACUUUAUAAAAUAAAAAGAAAAGAUUCUCAGAAAUGAGCGGACCGAAGACGGACGUUCGCACGGCCGUUCCAAAGACGCCGUUGGUCCCGGAAGCCAGUAAAAAAAUAUCAAAUUUUCCAAGAUGUUGAAAUUUUCAGCACCGUUGGCCGAACAGUCGACGUUCGAUAGGAUCAAGGUAAAAAAAAAGGCUUGAAAGUUGGAAAAGGCUGAGAAUCGAUGGAAAGUAUGCUCUAGUAGGAGACACUGUUUUGAGGUCCUUUUUUCUUAGCUCUCAUCAAAAUUUUGAAAAUUUCAUUUUUCCUCCAAGAAUGAUAAUUUAAUCAAGGUCCAGGUUUGAAAGUUCUUUUCUCGAGAAAAAGGGAAAAAGCAUGACUCAGCGAAUGUCGAAAUAAUUUGAAGUUCGAGAAUCUCAUGAUAAUCACUUAAGGGGCUUCUCAAGCUACCUGGGAGUUAUAUCUACAAAUCUCACCUUUAUCUUGCCGUUAAACUUCCUGAAUGAUCCCUAAACUGGCCAUUUCAGGAGAUUGUCUGGUUCCUGAUAAUGCUGCUCAUCUCGGCGUUCGUCUACAUAGCCAACUUGCUCGUGGCCGCUUUUGAGGUCAAAAAAGUUGAGGGACCUCUUAAGUGAUUUUCUUAGGCGAUCAGUGAAGUCAUCACAAAAAUCUACCGCAUCUGCCUGUUCAUCUACAGAAAGCCGCAUCAUUCCAAGGUUCAAUUUUGGGUCGCAGUGGGAAUGGCUAGAUAACGAAGCGGGCGUCCAAAAUUUGAAUGUUCAACUCGAACCGCAACGCGUGUAGCCAUUCCAAAUGCAGUUUCAAGGGAAAAUUUGACUGAACAACUGAAAUUUUUAGGAGCUUUUCAUGACUACGAUCCAUUUCCUGCGCGUAUCCUACGAUGCCGACUUGUGGACUUGGAGCGAAGUUUGGGAUGUACGGAAAUUGAUUUAUUUUUGAGUAUUAGCGAUAAAUUCAUAAUUUACAGGUUCUGAAGCGUCAGCUGAUCCAGCCAAUGUCCAAGGAACCGCCCAAGGCCAAAGACACGACCACGACAAAAAAGCAGAAAACCCAAUAG